AUGACUAGGUUAGCCAAAAGACUGUAUGUAUUGGAUGACUGUCUAUCAAAGCUUUCACAGAUUGGUGAUAUGACACCACUAGGGAUAAGACAGAUGAUCAACAUGCAGAUGAUCAUGGGUACUCGACACCCAUAUAGCAAAGAGUACAGGCUUGUUAGUACAAUAGUAAGGGAGGCUAAAGAGGUAGCAGCUAGAGGAGCCCAAAACCUAACGACUGAGAUUCCAGAUGUUAGGAUUCCUAACCCAGCUAGAGUGUUUAUGCCUACAUCUGGAGCCUCCUUUUCUUAUUCUAUAGGGACAUCGAGUGCUCAUCAAUUGGGAUUGAAUCUGAUUCCACAUCCAAAACCUUAUAAACUAUUAUGGUUAAACAACUGUGGUGAGACAAAAGUGAAUAAGCAAGUUAUUGUGACUUUCACUAUUGGGAGGUAUUCAAAUGAAGUGCUAUGUGAUGUAGUGCUAACGCAUGCUGGACAUAUCUUGCUUGGUAGGUCAUGGCAUUUUGAUAGAAGGGUUGUCCACGAUGGGUUCCUUAAUAGGUACUCUGUUAAAGAUGGAAGAAAAGUCACACUGAUAUCUCUUUGUCGAAAAGAAGAAUUUGUUGAUGUCUUUCCCGAGGAGAUGCCAAGUGGUUUACCACCUCAAAGAGGGAUUAAGCAUCAAAUAGAUUUCACUCCAGGGGCUGCCAUACUAAAUAGACCAGCCUAUAGAAGUAAUCCAGAGGAGACAAAGAAGCUUCAAAGGCAAGUAGAUGAAUUGAUGUCUAAAAGGUUAGAUGAUAUGCUUGAUGAGUUGCAUGGUGCGGGUUACUUUACUAAGAUUGGCUUGCAUUUCGAAUAUUAUCAAAUUCUCAUGAAAGUUAGGGAUGAGUUGAAAACAUCAUUUAAAACUAAGUAUGGUCUGUAUGAGAGGCUUGUAAUGCCAUUUGGGCUUAUUAAUACAUUUAACACUUUCAUGAGGUUCUUAGAUGUUCUUAGAAGAGAAAAAUUGUUUUGUAAAAAGAAGUGUAGUUUUUGCAUGGACAGAGUCAUAUUUUUAGGUUUUGUUGUUAAUUCUAAAGGUCUAGAUGUUGAUGAGGAAAAGGUUGAAUAUGAUGCAAGAACAAAGACCCUACGCACAUGCAUUAGUGUUGGGGCUGUUUUGAUGCAAGAACAAAGCCCAAUUUGCUAUUUUAGUGAAAAGCUAAAUGGUGCAGCACUUCGAUACCCAACAUAUGACAAAGAACUCUAUGCUUUGGUUCGUGCUUUGCGUACAUGGCAACACUACCUGUAG